CAAUCAGUCCCAUCUUUGGGCUCAGCAGCUCUAUCUCCCUCGUUGAAAAGGAACUCUCCAGUUUCCAGGGACCAUUUUUCGUAGUUUCGAUUGAAUUAUUGAAGGGUUUUGAUUUCCUCAGGAAGCAGAAGCAGGGGUUGUUGGAGAUGAGCUCCGAAGCACUGCAAGCCGCCAAGGCGUAUCGGCAGCUUCUCAAGGCUGUGAAGAAGCACAUUGCUCAGGAAGACAGCAAGAGGCGCUUCAAGGAAUAUGUGACCGAGGAGUUCCGCAAGAAGUGCACUCCAUCGGACCUCUCCGCUGUUCGGCACAAAAUCAAGCUUGCCAAUGACUACACCUUUUUACUCAAUAGUGUCCACCAUCACCAGGCACUACUGUUUUCAUACAACAUUGCUGUGGAUAGGUCGGAGGAAAUGAAAAGAAUACUUGGAAAAUCUGCUGCGAGCGUGGGUCUUCAGCUGCCGGAGGUUUAUCAGCCUUGAUGGCUACAGUUUUGCAGGGAGCCUGUGGUUUGAUUCUGUUUAAAAAGGCCAUCAUGAAAUCACUUCUCCUUAGAUCCAGCCUUCCAGCCUCCAGGUAUCCGUUUGAAAUUGCAACUGCCUCUUGCUGUCAUUUCCGUCUGCUUGUUUUUCAUUUCUGAUAGGGUGAAGCUCUUUUGAGAAAGAAAAAAAGGGUUUUGUCACAACAUAUAACUACUAUUUUGAGAACUAAAUCAGCAGGGUAGUUUUAGUCGUCAUCUAAAUGAAUAUGAUGUAUAAGUUUUUGAGGGAUCUUGUGAUUGCCUUGGCUAACAAACUACAUCUGUGUAAUAUCAGCUCCUUCUGUCUUGUCCUAGAUUCAAGUAAAUUAUGGUUACCUGCUGCAAUAUUUAUGAUUGUCAGACUCCAAUCAUGAUUCUGGUCUGUGUUUUUGAAUAUGAAGAUAAACUCUGCAAUUUCAGCUUGUA